AUGGCAAGCGAACCAGCAAACAGAAGACCAGAUACCCCAUUCGAGCCAUACAAAUCCAUCUUGAGAUUUUCCUCCCUUCCUACCAGAUCUCAUUCCGUUAAUAAUGGCAAUGUCGAACAAGUUCCAGAUGGAGAAAAGCCUGUAAAACGGAAAAUACCACCAUGGAGACGAGCUGUUGGAAGAUAUUUCUUCGAUCUUUCCAGCAGAGGAGCACCAUUAUCAGACGCUCUGGGGACUGGGCAAUGGGAUGAACAUGCCGCUAUCCUCGAAUCUACCUUUGCAGGGUUUAGCGAUGGACCGGUAGGGUUGGACGUACCUGUGAUUGAUACGGAUGAAGUGACUUGGGAGGUGGAAGAGGAAGGAGGGAAUGAUGGUGUGGAUAUCAUCUAUGAUAAGUUAGAUAAUUCAACUUCUGGCGGUUUGGAGGAAACUCGGAUAAGUUCAUCAGCUUUAGCUCUGAGAAGGGCGGAGAGGAAGAUUAUGAAAAGGAGAAAGAAGUGGCCUUGGUUGGAGAGAAUUGCAUUUUGGGGGUAUCCACCAGGAUGGACCGCUGUGAAAGAUCCUAUGCAAGAGGUCAGAAGGAGGAUUGAAAUGGAGGAUGAGGAAGAGGGAGAAGAGGAAGGAAGUGAGGAUGGAUUGGUAGUUUAUGGAGGAUUUGGAUCUUCAUCCUCUAGUUCCUCACCUCAAGGUCCGAAGACGGAAGGUGAGGUUGGAAGUCCACAGAUUGGUACAGGUGAAGGAGGGUCUUCAUGUCAUUCGCCAGACCAUCAAUCACCAUCGUUUCACUCAACACAACCGGCACAACCAAUCGGUCUCUUCUCAUUACCAUCUCCUCCGCCGAAGCAUCAUUGGCCAACGGCUCCGCUUGCGUCCCGAAAUCCACCGCCGCCAUCUCCGCCGUCAGAUGAUUGCCCUCCUCCACCACCACCACCCCCGCUUGAAUCCUGGUCUCCGCCCCCGCCUCCACCUUCAAGUCUUCCACCACCCCCGCCCUCACCCACAAAUCCUCCUCCCCUUCCUCCGGGCCCACAGUCAAAUAACAACGACUACCCUCCUCCACCUUCAAGUCUUCCACCACCCCCACCCCAACCCCCACCCACAGAUCCUCCUUCCCUUCCUCCGGGCCCUCGGCCAAAUAACAACGACUACCCUCCUCCAUCUUCCGCCCGUCGUCUCACCCAGAACGUUUUCCCUCCCCCUGUCUCCCUCCCUCUUAAAGCUACCUGGGAGCCUCCUCGCCGUUGGGCAACAUACGAUACCGACCUCUUCCUUUCUUCCCAUCUACAACCUUAUUCCUCCGCUCGACCAUUACCUCUAGGCAUGUGA